UUUGCUGGCUUCACGUAUUCGCAACAAACCUUUGGUAUUGCGACGACCAUUGCCGAUGUAUUCGGAUAUCAGCCAGUGGAUGGAAUCAUGGGGCUUGGCUGGCCAGCGUUAGCAGCGAAAGACGUUACUCCGCCAGUACAAAAUGUGCUGGAGCAAUUUGAUGAGCCUCUCUUUACCGUAUUUAUGGCACGGUUUGUUUGCUCGUAA